GUGAGACGUUUAUUGACAACAUGGCGACUGAACUGGUUACCCACUGGAGAAAAUCCUGAUUUGACAGUCCAUAAUCACCUGCAAACAAACUAUUUGCUUUGCAAGUAAACAACAGGUGGAUUUGAAUGAAGGGACUCGCAAAUUCACGGAAUGGUGUCUCUGAGCUGAGGAUACAUAGAGUGGGAAAAUCGUCAUGUCGUUUUUCAAGAGGAAAGCCAAAAGCAAAGAACCUGAGAGACCAGCAGAUGCUAAAGUCAAUAGAGUCCCUGCUCCUCCAGCCAGCCCCCACUCUCCAUCGCUAGGGGGCCUGAGGAACCAGCACGCCAUCCAGGAGGCCGCAGGUCCCAGCCAUGUGGCCAUCAACGCCAUCUCCGCCAACAUGGACUCUUUCGCCCGCGGACGCACCGCUAUCCUCAAGAAGCAGCCCAGCCACAUGGAGGCGGCCCACUUCGGGGACCUCGGACGCUCCAGCGUCAACUACAUGUCCCAGGAGACGCGCUCGCGGCUGUCCAAGACGCUGGAGCAGAUCGUGCGUGACGGCGUGGCCGUGCCCUACUACGUCCAGUUCCUGGAGGCGCGCGGCGCCGACCACCUGGCGCGCUUCUGGCUGGAGGCGGAGCGCUUCCGCUCCAGCAGCUGGUCCCGGGUGCGAGCCCACAGCCUGAACUCGGUCAAGCACAGCUCCCUGGCCGAGCCCGUCCCGUCCUCCCCCGAGGGGGGCGACAUGGCGCCGGUGGCCCCGGGGACGCCCACCGCCACCGCCAACGCCACCGCCGGGCUGGGUGUGUGGGACGUCCCCCAUGUCCUACAACGGGAGACCCUCGGCGGGGAGGGGGACGAGAGGCCCGGGACCCCCAGAACCCCUGGGACCCCCUUGACCCCGGGAACCCCUGGGACCCCGGGUACCCCCGGUACCCCCGGCCGACUGACCCCCACGUCCAGGGCGGGCACGCCCCUCAAGCUGCCGUCGACCAGCGCCCUGAGAGACCUCUCGGACAACCUGAUCAAGAGUAUAGAGAGCGACGCGGUCACCAUCUUCACAAAGUACAUCUCUCCAGACGCGGCCAGGCCCAUCCCCAUCACGGAGCAGAUCAGAAACGACAUCGUUGCUAAGAUAUGUGGGGAGGAUGGGCUGGUGGAUCCAAACUGCUUCGUCAUUGCACAGUCGGUCGUGUUUCUCCUCCUAGAACAACAGCACUUUACUGAGUUCCUGCGGAGCCAUCAUUUCUGUAAAUACCAGAUCGAGGUGCUGACCAGCGGCUCUGUGUAUCUGGCGGACAUCUUGUUCAGCGAGUCGGCUCUCUUCUAUUUCUCCGAGUACAUGGAGAAGGAGGAUGCCGUGAACGUGCUUCAGUUCUGGCUGGCGGCCGACAACUUCCAGGACCAGCUGGCGGCCAAGAAGGGGCAGUAUGACGGACAAGAGGCCCAGAACGACGCCAUGAUCCUUUAUGACAAGUAUUUCUCACUCCAGGCCACCAACCCUCUGGGCUUCGGGGACUCUGUGCGCAUGGAGAUAGAGUCCAACAUCUGCAGGGAGGGAGGGCCCCUCCCCGACUGCUUCACCACUCCACUCAGACAGGCCUGGACCACCAUGGAGACGGUCUACAUGCCUGGCUUCCUGUCCAGCAACCUUUACUACAAAUACCUGAGCGACCUCAUCAACUCGGUGCGGGCCGACGAGUUCGUGAACACCAGCACUCCGGCGGGUCAGGGGGCCGCCUCGGACGGGGACCGAGGGACCUCCAGCGAGGGCUCCCAAGCUCAGCUCGGUACCAGAAAAGCAGCGGUGAGGAUCCUGAAGAACUUUGACGAGGCCAUCACCGUGGACGCCUCCAGCCUGGACCCGGAGGUGCUGUACCAGCGGCCCUACGCUGGGAAGAUGACGUUUGGGAAAGUCAACGAGCUGGGGCAGUUUAUCAGGGAGGCUGAGCCAGAGCCAGACGUGAAGAAAUCCAAAGGCUCCAUGUUUUCUCUAGCUAUGAAAAAGUGGGUCCAGGGCAACUCUGAUGAGGCCCAGGAGGAGAUGGCCUGGAAAAUUGCCAAGAUGAUCGUCAACGACGUCAUCCAUCAGUCCAACCAUGACAGCCCCGGCAAGUCCACGAAGUUAUGACCCCGCUGGGGACCCCCAAAGGCCCUCCUCCCCCCGGUGGAGGCCCCCGGCACCACGCUGACCCGGUGCCCGCCUCCGUGCUGCCUGCCGGGCUCUCCACCCCCUGCGAACCCACGGCAUUACUCCGGAGGAAAGAACAAGGCUUUUACCUUUUUAGCAGGCUCGAGUCAGCCGACCCCCUGGUACGCUUGUGGUCCCCCUAUGUGCUUAUCACAGGUAGGCGUGGUGUGAAUGUGUGCGUGUAACGUGUGAGUGUGGGGGGGAAGUGGUCAGCCGUCGCGCCAUCGCGGACAAAGAACCGAAAAAAGACUUGAAGUAUUCCGCUGCUGUACACUACCGGCCCUCGACGGUGCAGCGGCGCUGGACCCGACCGGACCGGACCAUAGCGGGGCCACAGAUCUUGCCCGAGUGGCGACGUCUUAAGACUUUUCCAAAACAUUCUCGCUCCUGGGUCGACGAGAGCCGACGAGUGUCUCGGCAAAAGGUUUCGUCCAUGCUGUCGCGGCAACGACAAAUCUCAAUCCCGGGACGUCUGGAAGAGACGAUAAAAAAAACGGAGACUUCUCCAGCGACUCACUCCGUUUCUUUCCCCCAGAAUCCCAAGCUUUUAAUCAUUUCCAAGAUUUUAGACCGCGCCCCUUGAUCAGAGGAGUCCGUUGAAAGUAAAUCACUGCUAUGGCGGAGUGUGUAGAGAUGUGUACAGAUUAGGGCAGGUGCUACAACGCAUUCCCUCAAACUUCCCGCCUGGGGAUACUGCUAGGGGGUCGACGCGAGCCGUCUGGCCCGCACCCAGAGCUCCCUACCUGUACUUGUACUGUAUAGAAUUAACCAGAGAUGUUGAACAGUAUACAACCCAACGUUUUCCCUUUCCUGGUUGCAGGGUUAAUGGGGAGGGGGGGGGGUUCAUCAAACACCUGUAGCACACCUCUUGCAAACAUUGUCGAUACUUUACAGAGUGUCUCGAAGUGAAAUGACUCCCGUAUGAACUGAUACUCCACAUGCUACGACCUAAACGCUCUCUAUAUGUGUGUAGAAUUCUGGUUUAUCUUCUAUAUUACCGUUAGUUCAUUCGUUUUUUUUCAGUUUCUGUUCUGUUUGUUUUUUAAUGGUGAUUGUCGUCUUUUUGUAUCAUUGCAUUCUCUGCGAAGAUUUUUUUGAUGAAGACUGUUCUACUGGAAAGUGCACACAUAGUGAAUAUAGCAAUUUGUAUUUUAUUUUCAGCCUUACCCAGAUGUGGAAAUGAACCAGAAAAGACUUUUGGUACUAUGUACCACUAAAGUUUUCUGCUAUGUAUGUGUACCUAAUCUAUAAUAUAUUUAAGAUGUGUUUGAUUUAAAUACAUAUAUUAUGAAAUGUA